GUACUACGUUCAGAAACUGGAAUAGAAAGUAUUCUGGUAUCGUUCUAUCUUCCUCGUAAUAACGCUAGUAGAAAAAGAUGCAGCAUGAAAAAUUAUCUGGACUAAGGUUUCCGAACGCAUCGCUGUAGGUUGUAGCAUGAUUUUCGCUAUGAACUAUAAUGUAAAAGUUGAAAGAGAUGUUUGAUAUUUUUAGUUUUUUGUGAAAACAUGUCUCAUUUCUUAUUUUGCUAAACAAUCAUUUUUGUUGUAUCUGACGUUCUCGUUCUCAUUCAAAAUAACAUGCAAUAAUAAUUUAUUAUGUCAAACAAUACGCAAUCAUGUAUCACCCAUGUAAUCUUAACUUGCUUGUAGUGUAUUCAACCUCAAUAUAUUAUUUAUUAUGAAUUUAUGGUAGUGAAAUUAUAUCUCCUAAAAGAGUCGUAUUAAUUGCGCUUAUACAACAUGAAUGUCACCAAAUUACUGAAAAGGAAACGUUGGGCACAACGCGUUGGGAAUGUUAAAGUACUGGCAGAAGUUGUUAAGGAAUUGGGUGAUAUAUACUUUGAGACAGAAAGACUGGAGGAGGCAUUGCAGGAAUAUAUGGAACAGCUGGAGCUUUGUGAAACUUUGAAUGAUAAGUUGAACUGUGCCGUUGCUCAUAGAAUGAUAGGUGAAGUCUAUGUGAAACUUGGAGAUUAUGAGCAAGCGUUGGUUCAUCAAAAUCUUUACCUAGAUGGAGCUCAAGAAACAGAAAAUCUAUUGGAACAACAACGUGCCUAUGCCACAUUGGGUAGAAUAUACUUUUGUUUGGCAGAGAGUUUGCCAGAAGGAAACGACAACAAACAAGAAGCAUUAUUAAGUUCAAAAAAAGCAUACACAAAAAGCAUUCGAAUAUGUCAAAAAUUAGAGGAUACCGAUAUAAAAAUGGAAGAAAUUAUGUUAAUGAGAGCACGACUCCUUUUAAAUCUUGGUCUCAUACUAGAAGGCCAAGGAGAGCAGAAUAAGGGUAUCAAGUUAAUUGAAAAUGCAGCAGAGCUAUGUACAAUUCACAAAUUUCAUGAAGACCUGCAUAGAACUCACAUUGCCUUAGGGGCCCUUUACGAACGACAGGGAAAUAUAGAACUGGCUAUAGAAUAUAUAGAUAAGGCAAUCAACACGAUCGAUCCAAUAAUGAAAGCUGAAGCGAGCUUAACGAAAGCUGAGAUUUUAUUAAGAAUAGGAAAAUGGCAAGAAGCCAGAAAAAUUCUAGUGAGCCUUUACACGUCCAAUAUACAAGCCGAAACAAUCCGACAACAAAUUGACAAACUGUUACGAAUCGCUGUGACUUUGUGCAGGACUGAGGAAAGUCUCGACGUAGAGGUUGACGUGAAGACUAGACAAAAGCACUACGAAGUCUUGGGCGAUGCUGCGGUAGCUGCAAAGGCCUAUGAAAAAGCUAUUGACUACUAUCGCGAGAUGCUCGCCUGUGCAGAACGUACUGGAGAGGACGUUAGUGCUGCACUGGUGAGUUUGUCGAGAACAUUGCGCGAUGCUGGUCGUUGUGCCGAAGCUGUAAUAUUUGCACGUCGUGAACUAGAGCUCUGUUCCACAUCUCGUGAGAUGUGCCAAUCAGCCCUUUACCUGGCCGAGAUUCUUACAGCUGCGAAUUUUCCUGAUUCCGAAAUCAGAGAAGCGUAUGAAUUAGCCAGGUCUGAAGCAAAAAAAUGUGAUAGUCCACAACAAGAAGCAACCGUCCUCAAGGAAAUCCUGGAGUACUUGGUGAAAACGGAGAAACUCGAUGAGGCAGAAGACUUGAAACUAAAAUUGAAUCUACUAGAUGUGAAAUGCGAAUCCGAUAGCGAAGAUGAACCAGAGACUCCAGAUAUUGGCCUUGAUAUCUGUUUGGAAGACCUCUCCGAUGUGGAGGAUCAGCUGCCUAAGAAUACUAACUCCAGGAACAAUCGACGUCUGCAAAGAGGAAUUGUUGUCAAGAGAAAUGAAAAAGGAGAAACGCAGCUUCACGUAGCUUGUAUAAACGGCAAUGUCACUAACGUUGAGAAACUCCUAGAAGGAGGUCAUCCUACUAAUGUCAAGGAUAACUGCGGAUGGACCCCAUUACACGAAGCAGCUAAUCACGGCCAUAUAGAGAUCGCUGAAUUGCUUCUCAAAGCUGGUGCUGAUGUAAACGAUCCCGGAGGAGCUUUGUGUUGCGGUGUAACGCCACUUCAUGAUGCAGCUGUCUGUGGCAAUUUUUCCAUGAUGUCUCUUCUCCUGAAACACAACGCGGAUGCCUCCCUUAGAACUACCCAAGGAGAGACUGUCCUGGACUGUCUAGUAGGCUGGAGAAACCGCGUCGAGGACUUGUCACCUAGUGAACAAGCGGAGUAUGAAAAAUUAAAGAAAAAAUUAUCUGUCAUAGUGCCACCCAGUUCUGAACGACCUGAUACAGUAUCCACAAGCUCUAAGUCGGCAUGGCAUGAAUUGCUUGACGAGGAACAAGAAGAGGAGUAUGAGAGGCCCAAAAAAAUAUCUGCUGGAGAAGAUUACAAGAGGACCAUUGCCAAUUUAAGGAAUAGAGGUGGUGUUACAGCAAUGGCAAGUAGACCCUCAGAAACUCAGAAGAUAACAGCACCGCUGCUUGAUAGUGAACAAUUGCUGAUCGAUGACUGGCUGGAAGAUGACAUGAGGGAAGAAAGUACAUCACGGACACACUAUUCUGACAAUUUACCGAACUUCUCUAAAAGAAAGUCCAGCAAUUCUAUUUCAGAUCAGGAUAAAAACACGAAGAGGCAGAGACUCGAGUCUGAAGAUAGUAAUGAUGCUGUUUCCUUGCUCGAUGAUAACAGUUGUGAUAGCAAUAGCAGUGAAAUCGUUAGUAUUUCCAAUCGAACAAAGAGACCUGGUAAAAAUCGUAGCAGACAAGUAUCAUUGUUGACUGCUGGUUUUACCAGGGACUCCACUUCUCGUACUCCAUCACCAAUGACGUCUUCUACCUCUCAACAUUUACCACAACAAUCAUCCCGAUCAGUCCUGAUCAAUCUUCAAGUAUCAGUUGACCAUAAGAUAUUUGAUAUGAAGAUAAAACUUCCUGAACAAGAAAAUAAAACAAUAGCGAACAUCACAGAUGAUAUUAAGAAGAAAUUCGAGGACUGCACAGGCUGUCAGGUCAAUAUGAAUUUAACAACAAUAAAUGGAGAUUCUCUAUCUCCUGAUGCUACUAUGGAUAGUUUGAUAGCAAAUGGAAACACCUUUGUGUUAAAAAGUCAAGUAAUUGAUAUGCAGAUACCACCCAUUGUUGAGAGAUACAAAGUUGUCUGUUCGACUCUAAAUAUAGGUGUACAGGACUCGAUGAUUAAGUGUCUAAGAAUUUGUGAGAAUACAUCAACGGUUCGUCUCAAUCCAAACGAAACUUUGCCAGAGGAACUGACACCAUUUUUAAAAAGUUUAGAAUACCAAAAGCCACUUCAAGUACUCCAUCUGUCAGGAAUAACUCUUUUUCACUUUGGUGAUCUUCUAAACAGUUCGCUGAUGCAACUGAUCUCUCUACAAGAGUUACACAUGAGAGGAUGUGAUAUAGAUUACAAUUGUUUAUUUCAAAUUGAUAAGUUACCUUUGCAACUGAAAAUCCUGGAUUUGAGUUACAAUAUUUUGGGCUCUGAGAGUGAAGGUAAACUUUACCAAUUAUUAGCUCCAUUAAAGUGCCUUCAAACAUUAAAUCUAUGUUCUUGCGAGCUGCAAGAUCUGCCAUACGCCAUUACUAGUAACGCUCUUGUCAACCUUGACGUAUCUUGGAAUAAUCUUGGGGGUGAGGGUGUAGACAAAUUUUUACAGCGUCAAAUGCUGAGUCUAAAUUUGUCUAAUACUCUGGAACGGAACAAAUCACCUGUGAUUACUGUACUCUUGAAUAACUUUGCGACAUCUCUUUACACUUUGGAAUCUCUUGAAUUGGCUUGUUGUCAUAUUCAAGAUUCCGAUGUUGACAAUAUUUUGUCAAAAUGUCCUAACCUCGCUAGACUUGUACUUAAUGGUAAUUCUAAUUUAACAAAAUGCUCAGUAAUUGCUGCCCUAAAGCACGUGCCUACUUUGACUUACAUCGAUAUUAGUGGAUGUACAGAGAUUUCUGAUGAGCCAGAACCGGAAGUAACUAUACAAAAUCCAGAAGUAUGUACCUUGAUGAUUAGUAUGGAACCAAAAGUACAAAGCUCUUGGUUAGUAUUAUGGAAGGAUAGUGGAAUUGUUAAAAGUUUGCCUUACAAUGUCGCUAUCUUUAAGUCUAUCUUGUAAAUCUGUCAUCUGUUCAUCGUGUUUUAGGAAUAGUUUUGAUACAGUUGCUUAGAAAUAGUGACACAAUAUAAAUUAUCUUAAACUUUUACUUUAACGUUAUGUUGUACAUUCUAUUUCCAAUUUUACAAUGUAUACUGUCAACGUGCACACAAUUCUCAUCCGAAUUUGUAGCCCAGAAAUUGUUAAGACUGUUGGUUAGAGAUGGAAGUAGAGAAUUCAGACGUUCCUCUUUGUCUCCAAGACACCACAAGAAACUGGCAUGAUACGAAGCUUCCUGAAUAACAAAUCAUAUAGGAUCUUUUUUUUCUUAUAACAAAUUUCAGUGUCGUAUUUUAAAAAGUUACAAGCUAUUUAUUGGCUAAGUUUUUUAAACAAUCAUUUUACAGUUACACAUAUAUCCCAGUGGUAACGUACCUUGUUAAAUUAUAUUGUAACUGUUAUGUAAUUAAUAAACAAUCAAUAUUUUAUGUUA